AUGAGCGGGAGGGUGGGAAAGAGGAGACCUCUUUCCGGUAGCGAGUUCCCGGAUGAGCCCCCCUUCCCCCUUUUCUCUCAGUCCCGGCCGCGGCGGAAAUGGUGGAUGGAGCGAAUGAGCGGCCGUACAGUACACAACACGACACGGCGACAACAUUAGCGGCAGGGCGCCGAUUUCGGCUCCCGUCACAGUCUCCCGCAGGUCGCGGACACUCUACAUGGCGACCCAGCAGUUGCGCGGUACCGAGGUUUAUUGCGACGCCAGCGGAGACUGCAACCAUGUUGCUGUCAAGAUCAAAAGCCAUAACAUACAGCAGGAGGAGGAGACGGAGACGUCGGCUUCUCAGCUCCAGCACCAAGGCCCUGGGCCCACCAAAUACAGUAUCUCGUCCAGUUGUAGCUCUGGAGAAUCAGUCAAACGGGCGGCCCGUAGUCCCCGGCGUCGCCGGCGCAAGUUUCCUCAGCUCUUCGAGCGGGCAUCGGGUAAGUGGUGGGACCCCGCCUUCGACUCGCGAAACCUGGAGGACGCGUGUCUGGAGCGCUGCUUCCCGCAGACCCAGCGCCGCUUUAGGUACGCGUUGCUCUACCUCAUGGUGGCUGCACUGCUCUGGGCCAUUUACUUCGGCUGCGGCGUGAGGGACAAGGACCAGGCUCUGGGGGCCGUUUUCCUGGCUCCCACCCUGCUCUUCAUGCUGUGUUGUGCCGGCCUUUUGGCGGUCACCUUCAGUGGACUCUACUGCCACCACUAUGUCCGAAUCUCUCUGCUCUUCACGUUACUGGUCUUCGCCUUGUCGCUGGCCACUCGUUUCCAGGCCGGCACUGGCAGCGGCCUGGGUUGUAGCGGGAAUGAUAGUCAAGGCUCUUCUCCCUGCUGGAGCUAUCUGUCGCCAGUUGGCAGUUUUUCCAUCUGCGUGGAGGUGUUACUGCUGCUCUACACGGUCAUGCCGCUGCCUCUCUAUCUUUGUUUUAUCUUCGGCGUUUCUUACUCGCUAUUGUUCGAAGUGUUGGGUUAUCAUCUGGGCAGCGUCGAGUGGCCCCAGCCGCCGGGUUCCGGCCAGCAUCUAGUGCUGGAAGCUAUGGCCAAGCUUUUCCUACAUGCUUGUGUACAUGCAGUGGGCAUCCACCUCUUCAUCAUGUCACAGGUACGCUCCCGUACCACGUUCCUGAAAGUAGGCCAGUCCAUCAUGCACGGCAAGGACCUGGAAGUAGAGAAAGCCCUGAAGGAACGCAUGAUCCACUCUGUCAUGCCCAGGAUGGUGGCGGACGAGUUGAUGAAGCAAGGAGACGACGAGAGCGAGAACUCCUUCAAGCGUUACUCCACCUCCAGCCCAAAGAGCAAGAAGAAGAAAACAUCUAUACAGAGAGCGCACAUCAUCUUCAGGCCCUUCACCAUGCAACGCAUGGAGCCCGUCAGCAUCCUCUUCGCAGACAUCGUGGGCUUCACUAAAAUGAGCGCUAAUAAAUCCGCCCACCUGCUGGUCGGUCUCCUCAACGACCUUUUUGGACGCUUCGACCGUCUCUGCGAGGGCACGGGAUGCGAGAAGAUCAGCACCUUGGGCGAUUGCUACUACUGCGUGGCCGGCUGUCCCGAACCCCGCUCCGACCACGCAUACUGUUGCAUCGAGAUGGGCCUGGGCAUGAUUCAGGCCAUUGAACAAUUUUGCCAGGAGAAGAAAGAAAUGGUUAACAUGAGGGUCGGGGUGCACACAGGUACUGUCCUAUGCGGUAUUUUGGGAAUGAAACGCUUCAAGUUUGACGUUUGGUCUAACGAUGUGAACUUGGCCAAUUUGAUGGAACAGCUUGGGGUGGCUGGAAAGGUCCACCUUUCGGAAAUUACGGCCAAAUACUUGGAUGAACGUUAUCUAAAGGAGGAUGGGAAAGUGAUGGAAAGGGUUGGCACGCAGAGUGUGGUGGCUGAUCAACUGAAAGGAUUGCAGACAUUCCUUAUUUCUGGCAGAAAGCUGGCUCAUUCAAUGUGUACCUGCUCUCACAUGACGUUACCUCACCUUGAUAGAGGAGACUUCAGUCCUCUUACAGUCCCCAUGCAGAACCGAGAAAUUACAAAUGAGGCUUUGACUGAAGUGGGAGAAGCUAGCAACAUCAUGGCUAAAACUAAGCCCAUGUGUCCAUCCUGUAAUAUCAUGCUCAUUCCUGGAUCCAGCACCAGCACAGAAGAAACUGCUGUGCAGAAUGGUUGUCAAGAUGAGCGCAAAAAUCCCAAGGCACCAUCAGCAGGGCGAAGUCUGAAGGCCCAAAAUGGUCUACUGAGUCCUCCAGAGGAAGAAAAGUUAAACAACAGCCAGACAUCGCUGUUUGAAAUGCUGCAGAGUGAGAGGCAGCUGGAUGGACUGCUUCCACUACGCUCCAAGCAGAUCCGGGAGAAAACAGAUGCUCAGUUUGUCAGCGUCAUUAAGGAGGACAGAUUAAUGGACGAAUACUUCUUCAAACCUCCUAUUAACAAAUUCAGCCUGAAUUUCUUGGACUCAGGCUUGGAGAAAGCUUAUAGGGGCAGCUAUCAAGAUGAGAGUGACGUGAAUAGCGUGCGUUCAAAUACUACACCAGCUAAGGUUAUCAUGAAGGACUCGCCUUAA